UAUUUACGUUGAUUUAUUUAUGUAAGACUCUUAAUUAAGGUCUUAUAAAAGAAUGGCAACCUCAUCUUGGCAAGAUUCACUGUCCUUAAAAGAUGCACUUCUCCACAUGCUGAAGCAGGAGAUUUCCUGUGACGUCAAAUUUCUUGUUGGGGAGAAUUUAGAUGAAGUUAGUUGUCACAGUUUUGUUCUGAUUGCACGAAGUCACGUGUUUGAAGCUAUGUUGAUGAGCCCGAUGACUGAGCGAGACCAAGAAGGGAGAGCGAUAGUGUCCUUACCAGAGGUGGAAGUAGAAAUUGUUCAAUGUUUUCUCAGAUAUUUAUACACAGACGACGUUAAACCGACGGCAAAUAAUGUCAUGGCAAUACUGUAUUUAGCCAGAAAAUAUAUAGUUCAGACUCUUUCUGACAAUUGCCAGACGUUUAUAACGAAGGCAAACCUCAUGGAAGCAGAAAACGCUAUAGAAAUAUAUCACCAAGCUUUUUUGUUUGAUUUGAAAGAUCUGAUGGCAGAUAGCAUGAAAAUAAUCAAUCAAGGAACGGAACAGUGUCUACAAUCUGACUACUUCCUGACGCUUCCACCAGAGUGUGUUCGAAGAAUAAUCGCAGAUGACCACCACCAUCAGGUAAAGGAGGAAACUAUUUAUAGAAGCGUUAUGAGGUGGUGUGAGGAAGAGUGCAAAAGAAGAGGUUUAAAGGAAAAUGACGAGGAGAUCCGCAAGGUUCUGAAAGAUUCGGGUAUUUUGUACGAGAUACGAUUUCAAAAUAUGGAUGCUCGUUUUUUUCAGUCAUCAAUUGAAAAGAGACGUAUUUUGACAGAGGAUGAGAAAAGAGAAGUAAGAACCCCAGCCUGGAGAGACAUUGGCAGGACUUUAUCUCACAGAAUGUUUAAACACAAACCAAGAAAUGUUUGCCAGAGAGUAAUGAGAAUGGAAGAAUGUGAAGAAGAAAUGGUACUAGACGAUCUAGAACAUAUAAUCGUCUUUGAGUCUUCUGUAGAAUGCGUAAUGCAUGGAAUCGUUACAUAUGGAUUAAGCCAUGAAAGUAGCAAAGUUACAAUUUAUGUCAAACUUAUUGAUCAGGAUGAUAAUACAAUAGUUCUUGAAGACUUUUGUUUCGAAUCCGAUGCUGAAACCAAGCAUUACGAGGUCAAAUUUCAAAAAGCUGUGGAAAUCCAGCCAGACCGUCAAUACCGCGUCUGUUUGACGCUAGGUGACACCGAUUGGUCGUGGAAAGGAAAGAAUGGCCACCACUCUGUGCCUUUCAAAGACGGCGAGGUUACUUUCUCGGAUUACGGUGGAGGAGCAAUAGAUACUAAUAUGUUGGAAGGACAAAUUCCAGGAUUGCUUUUAUCUUGAUACAAGAAAAUCCUAGUCUUCUGUCACACUUUAGUCAAUGCAGAUCACAUGUGCUUUCAAAUCUUUAUAUUUAUUUAAAUUAAUAUUUAUUACGUAUAGGUGAAUAUGAUAUUGUAUUCCCACCCAAAUCCCCUGUCUUUCAUAUGACCUGUUUCAUAGAAGGGGUAAUGAAUACCAAUUUCAAUUUAUAAUUGCGAAAUUUUGAAUAAAGAAUGUUGUACGUACAGUCAAGAGGAGAAUGAAAGCUAGAAAUUAAGAAAAGGGAUUGGUUUUGUGAUUGCGGUACUGUAACCUCCAGAAACGCAUCUUGAACAGAUAGAAAAAGAAUCAACCCAAUAUUAGCCGUAAAUAUAAAAGUUGUGUUGCUAGGUAGUGAAUAGAACUUGGGUCGAUAAACAUUAUUUUUGAUGACUUUGAAAUGAAAGGUCUUCAUCAAAUCUCAGGAUAUUAGGAUUAUUAGCAAUAUUAACUUCAUUUUCAUGGGUUUAAUUUUUCAUAAAAUAUGAGUAGCAUACAGUGUGAAUAUCAGGUCACAGUACACAGAUGACAUUGCUGUGAAUGUAGGGUUAAUUAAAAAUAGAUAUUGAAGAUAUUUUGCUGACAGACAAUGCAAAUAACAACGACAUCUAUAUCUUUAUGACACCUUAUCGCCAGAAUAUUAUAAAUAAAUCAGCAAAUUCAUUUAAUGAAAGGCGCAUGCUGAAACGAGAAAUG